AUGGCAAAGUUUCAACCGGCUGUGGACAUAUUAUUCCACCACAUAUUAUUCCACCACGCACGUGCCCCCUCAAAGAGCCUGCCUCUCUUCCCCCCCCUCUCUCUUUCUCUCUCUCUCUCUAUCUAUCUCUCUCUCUCACGCGCCCGCCCCCCGCCGCGUUCCACACCGUUCUCACUGUAUUUCGCAACCCGGAUCCGACCAAGGAAGCAAGAGGAUCAACUGCCUCAUCCACCUGCCGUUGAUAAGAGCAAGAUGAAGAUCUCCGCUAUCCUUCUCGUUGCCGGUGCUGCUCUGUUGGCCUUCACCGCCGCGGAAGAGUCGUCGCCCAACGAACGCCAGUUGAGCGGCAGGGGCAGGGGCAAGCGCAACCGCGAUUCUUCAUCUUCUGAUUCGUCGUCUGAUUCAUCUGACGAUGGCUGCGCGGACCCGGCACAGGCCAUCCUUGACCUGUUCGAUUGCUUUGAGGCCGAGGAUGUUCCUUGCGUGGUUGCUGGCUACGGCCCAGGGUUCGAGACUUACCACAACGAGAACUUGGCCGCCACAGACCUCCAAUUUACCGAGGAGUUUUGGACCCUCAGUCUCUUGGUGCUGGACUUUGACUUCGACGUGAAGUUCUACAAGAACCUUGGCUCUAAUCAAGCGACGGUACGCUACGUUCAGACCGUGACGACCACUGACGGGGUGAGCGUGGGAGCGCCGUCGUCUACCGAAUACCCUUUCAGCUAUGCCCGCGACCAGCACGAGCAUGUUAUUGCGACGCUCAACGACGACUGCCAGGUGGAAAAAUGGGACCAGUAUGGCGACAACCAGGAACAAAACGACGUGUUCGACGCAACCAACGCUGUGAUCUGCGUUAUCGGUGCCUCCGGUCUCCCCAUCGAGGAUUGUGACGUCACUCCCCCGGAUGAACCCGAGGUCGCCCAGUGAGGUGAUCGCUCAGAGCCGGACUGAACUAUCUGCUUUGACGCACGCACUCAUAAGGGCCGUUUGUCUGACAGUAUCUGGAGGCCAGACAGGUUCAGCUGAGAUGACUUUCGAGAUUUGACAUUGUACAAUUUUUUGUUGACGGCGGUCUCGACUACCAAGCCUGACGACGCGCUUUCUGAGCAGUAGCCGCCGCGUACUUGAGAUGGCCUCGGAUUGCUUAUAUGAUAUGAUGUACCAGACUUAUUCUGUUGCAUACGGUUUUGUUUUUAAGAGUACUUGAUAUGACCUCGGAUUGCUUCCAUGACAGUGCUAGAGGUGAUGUACGAGACUUGUUCUGUUGCAUUUUGUUUUUAAGAGGAACAAUAUAAAGAGUCGCCGUUUCGAAGCGGGGCACAAAUAAGUGCUGUUAGUUCGCGAUGGCCGAUCCGCAGUGUCGUGUGGGGAUCGUUGAUGCGAUCAUCAAUAGAGAGUAGUGCCGUCUCGAAGCGGGACAUGAAUGACAUUUGUGCGUGAAAUGGCCGAUCCGCAGUCAGUCUCGUGUGGGCAUUGUUGUUCCUGAUUUUCACUUGCAGUAGGUGCCAGGUGUUUCAGACUAUCGGUAGUCGUGAUCGUACUUCCCAAUAGACGACGCCGUUCGUGUAGAGAAAAGAGAUAUCGAGAUUUGCUUUAACGGAGUUGUUGCAUGUAUUUGUGGGUUUCGCUUAGCGGUGUUUUCAGAGCAAGGGACAUGGCAUGGUUGGCUUGUUGACAAGAGAGUAAAGUGCGUCCAAAGGCGCGGGCGGUUAAACUUGAGAAACGGUUCUGUUUGUCGAGAGUUACAUGUUGGGCGACGAUGACCCGAUGACCCGCCACCUUCCUCCUGUGUACGAUAGCACCCGAUUCCAUAUUAUAGGGCGAUGCCCUGCGUUGAGCAAUUUGACCAUUGACCAAGUUUGAUGUAGUGAUCCGAAUGUAACAAGUUCCCUCCGUGGAGGGCCAACCCAACUUUGUCCUCUGCUGGUGAAAGAUCAACCGCUAGCUUUUGUUUA